AUGAGUGAUCAGCAAGAAGUUAAAACAACAUACACUGCAGUUCAAGUCUUAUUUGCUUUGAAAAAACUGAACGACGACACUUUGGAAGAAUCAAAUGAUGCAAAAAAAUAUCUAGAAGAUGCCAUCUGCAACUCGCCCGAUUAUGAAGCAGUUCUGCGAUUAAUAACACAUUUUCUUAGUGAAAAUAAAUGUGGAAACAAACUCGUUGACGCUUGUAUUGAUGGGAUUGAAACGUUCAGCUUGAAAACAAAUUGCGAUCCAUUGAUAUUCUUUAUGAAAGAACUAUAUACAGAACAACCCAAAAGAGAGUAUCUCAGCAUCGGUGACAAAAAUAUUCUACUCGGUUUAAAAAGACGAUACGGCAAACAACUCUUCGACUAUUUAUAUGAUAAAAUGGUGACAAAAGAUGCCAGCAAACAAUAUGUUGAUUUUUGGCAUCACAUGAUUUGUAAAUCAUUUAAAAGAAGUGAUAUAAUCGAGUUCAACGCACUUUCCUCUAUGACAGAGGCUUGCUGUAUGCAUCUUGAUUAUAGUUUGUUUAGAGAUGAUAUGUUUCGUUAUGAAUUAGUCGAUUAUGAGACUAUUUUAGUCUGUGUUCUCAGAAGUGAUUCUAAAUAUUAUGCAUCGAUAGCAAUUCCAAUACAUUUCAAGGAUUUUCGAAAAGUUGUUACAAAGCUCAUUUUGAACACAAAACACUGUAACGAGAAAAACGCAGAUUGGGAUGAACAAGAAAAAUAUUACAUUGAUAAGGUAUGUUCAUUUAUUCAUCAAUUCGUUGAAAAACAAAUAUAAUUUUCAGUUCAUAAAAAUGCUUCCUCAUUAUGAAAUGAUGAACGCUAUCAAAUGUUUUCAUCGAUUCAAGAUGUUGAGUGAUGAAGAGAAGAAGAACAUCGAGGAGAGAAUCAACAAAUUUCCAUCAUUCGAAAAAUGUUGGUUGAGACCAGAAAAGGAAGAAGAAGAAGACUUUGUAGAUGUGCCUAAAGCUGAGCCAACGACUGAACAAGCAACAGAAGCUGAAGAUGCUGCUGAAGCUAUCGAUAACCCUGCAGAUGCUCCAGAGCAAACUUUGUACUCUUAUUUUUCGUCGUUUUUCUUGUGA